AUGCCUGCUGAGACCAGAAGUAAAAGUCGCCCAACUGCAUCGGCGCCGGCCACUCCUCCACCAAAGUCACUCCGUCCAGUAUUGCGUCGCAGAGUAUUAGCGUCAGUGCCCACACCGGCUCCUGUUUCUAAACCCCGAACGCCUCGUACGACUACAACUUUUGAGCCAUCGAAUGUUGCAUCUCGAGCUGCGGGCAGCUAUACUUCUCCUUCUCGAUCCAGCCUUACGACACGUCGUCUAACGCCUCAGACCAGUCCGACUAUUGAACAAUUGGAUGCGACUCCGUCUUCUCACGUCAGCCGCAUCGAAGUUGGCGCUCCUGCUGGAUCUCGCCUUAUGACGGAACUUGUUGGACGCGACCCUCGGCUUCCGGUGCUAUACGAACUUGAAUCUCACCCUAAAGUCGACGACCCCAAGGCCCGGAUCAUCCUGGGCAUUGCCGAUUGGUCAAUGGACGCGAUGAGGCGUAGAUUCCAUUACUCCGCUAAUUUGAAGGUACCGAGCACUGCAGCAGAAGGACAGAUGCAAGGAAUGCUAUACAUAAAACCAAGCGACAACAUUUUUUAUCUAGAACGCGAUAGAUACGGUUCGGGGCUUCCUGGAGACGAUGUACUUAAAUCCUGGACACUGAGCAAACAUGAGCGAGAUCCAAUAGACCUUCAAGAAUGCCGCAGACUUCAGGAAGAAAUCUUGGGGCCUCAAGAACUUAUGUCUUCGCAGAAACCCGUUAAGGACACAAACGGAGAGUACUCGGGGGGUAUUCAGUUUGAACGAAGCGAUCGCGCAGUUAAUAUCAAGUCCGGUCCUCGAUGCUACACCCUUGGAUCAACCCUACAGGCACAGAAGUCCCUCAGCGCUCCAGGAGUUCAGAGCAAAGUGUAUACUCAGGCCAGGGAUUAUGAUUUGCAAAUGCGGUUCAAUAUACUUCAAGCUGGGGCAAAAGCUGGCAUUGAAGGAGUUAAGAAAGCAUCCAAGCAUUUGUUCCAGCGCCUGAAGCGUCAAGCCGAGGUGGCCUCGCUUGCGCCAGUAGGAUAUGAUGAUAAUUGCGUCUGGCCGUCUUGGCAACUGAAUGUAGCUCCUGGAGUUCCACAGCAUGAUGUUGCCUUGGAAUCCUCGCUCGGAAAAUUUGGGAUGGCACAUGUCGACGCUGCCGACAGUUCAGGUGCUCCAACUUGUAUGCACGUUCUCAGUCGCUACAGGGCCGACGUGGCGCCUGAAAACUUUUACAUUUUAUGCUGCGGAUUGGCGUAUCUCAUGGAGGAGUUUUCCGUCAUAUUUUUCUCUGGUCUCCAUUUCCAUGGAGGUCAUCAACCCAUUUACGUCCAACAACCCAACGAAAUCUACUAUCGCCUAACUCUCAUUGGUUACCCUCCUGGUCAACUAAUUGACGGGGUUGAUAGCGUUGCUUUUGCGGCUGGAGUUAAUGAUACAACUUUUGCCAUCGGUAUUGAAAUGCGAAAUCCAGUGUCGCACAAAUUAUCGAAGACGCCAAUGUGCAAGCAAGCUACAUGGACCGCGGACGGAGGUUCUUUACUUUCUCCUAAGGCUCAUAUCAAUCACUUCAGUCGACUUCUUCUCCAAGCAAUCACGCAUUUUGCCCGUCAGUUGCCUCCUGAAUUGAUUCCACGCGUUGAUAAAUCGUUAGCCAUGAAAAUGGUUUCUGUGGUUAUCGAUAAUAAGAGAGUUACGGCGGAUGAGUGGGAUCUGGGUCCCGGAUGGAGAGGCAAUGAUGUCAAAAUCGGUACCGACUACUCAGGCAUCCUCAGUGGAUUAGGCGUUUCAUCCAUCGAGGAUCUUUCGUCAGAGAAUCUUGCAAGGCUUUGUAACUCGGAUUCUAUGUCCGAAGCACCGUACGGUAACGUUGAACUCCAAGAGGCUGUACAAGAAUGGGAAAAACACAUGGAAAGCUCAGCAAAGUCUAUUCCUUUGUGUGUAACCGCUGGAGACCACGACGAAGAAGCCGUGAUUGGAUUACAGAGCAAAACAGGUUCGCGCAAGGGAGCGGUUAAACGGGCACGGACUAGGGAUGUUUCUGAAAUGGAUUUACCUAUCAAAAAGCGUAGAAAUACAUCACAACAGACCUUGACCUCAAGCAAGGCUCGCCGAAUGAGCCAUCGCAAGGAUCCCGAAAGCGACUCCGGGCCAGAUAUCAAUCUGAACUUCGAAGACAAUCUACAUGGAGACAGAGAUUCUACGGUCACAAAAUCGAAAGCUUCCAAGAAAAAUGCUGCUCCUAAAGAACGAAUUACCAGGAAUAGCAGUUCGGUAACAUCCCUAGGACAAAGCAAAUUUUUGAACGCUUUGAGGCCAGAAUGCAUAUCAAAAAUUUUGGCUGCAUUAAAAGACCUCCCAAUCGAUAACACUCCCUCUCAAGGGCAGUCAAAGUGGCUUGACGUGUCUUUGAUAUCCGAAAUUCUCAGUCAGCCUGUGAUUUCAUGUGACAUCCGUAGAGCCUGCCAAUUAUACGCUUCAUACAGCCAGAAGAAGACAAUUUCGAAACUUGAUCUCCAAUUCCAACAAAAGCAGCUUCUCCUUUCCAACGUUCUAUUAUGGGAGUGGUUGGACAGCGUCCUCGAGCAAGCCUAUCGUAGCAAGGACGACAUCUCAAAUGGCUUGGGUGUACUGGUUCGACGGGUUGAAGAAGUUUUGGCUGUACAAACAAAUGCGGAGUUCGACGCCGCUUCCUUUAUCAGCGGGUUUCAACCAAGAGAAUCCGUUUACAUCUACGCUCCUCGAUCUUUUAAGUAUAACACCGUUUCGAAGACCUGCGUUCUGCAAUUUUGUUCGACCAUCCUUGAGCACUGGUUUAACUUUCCGCCUGUUGACUGCCAAUGGACUGCUUGGUUUAUUCGCGAGUUGAUAGAUUACCUGGGAGAAGAAGUUCUCAUUUUGGAUUGCGCAUGGGAAGCCGGCCUUCACAUCAAUCAACAUGUUCUUUGUCGCGGCAAGAAUGUUGUUAUCAAGCAGGAGCAUAUCAAAGCGUGGUCUAAGACCUAUCUGUCUAAACAUCAUCUUUGCAAGACUAGUCAUUCACAAGAUCGACAACGGCUGGUGACCAUCAACAACUGGGCUACUUCCCAGCUGACUUUACCUCUUUCUGUACACAGCGACUACCUUCGCCUCCUAGCUUCCAUGCCGCCGAAAUCAUCAAAAGCAAAUCAAAACCCGUCCAGGGCCGCCAGGCCUGCAAAACCCCUAAAAGCAAACCCCGACCCUUCCGCCGCGGGGCCUGACAACUCCUCGAAAGCAAACCCCAACCCUUCCACCGGGCCUGAAAACUCUUCGAAAGCAAACUCCUCCGGGGCUGAAAAUUCCUCGGAACCCCGCCUACUUUCAAGAGAAGAGCUGAUUAAGCAAUUGGCUCAGAAAGAAAAAGAGUUAGCAGAGAAAGACAAGGUCGUAAAAGACCUGAAAUAUCAAUUAUCUAAGGACCAAGAGGAUGAUAGGCUAAUACCUCGUCCCGUUGGCCAGGCAGGACGCGGUGAGGCCUUUGGCGGCUUUAACCUCGAGCUUGCCAUGGGAUUGACAAAAGAACAUUACUUGCGUCUCAAUCGGAUAGUCAAGCUAGCUGCCUUCCAGUACCUGGAUGUUCGCCAACCGUUUAGACGUCAAUCAAGAGACAAAAUAAGAUGUGCAAAAGAACGGGCUAUCAAAAAUGCCAAGGUCUUUCGUGAAUAUAGUCACGCCUGGCCCAUCGACGAAUUUUUGAAACAGUUUCUUAGCCAUUUUUCUGCAACGGCCACCAAAGAUAUAGAGGAUGAAAAGAACUCACAGGAGAAACCUGACCGAGAAGCCAUCAAGAAAUAUAUUAAGGCGCUUGCAACCAUUCAGGGCGCUCGUCUUGAGGUCCUUAGAGAUGAUGCUGGCGAUGGAACGGCUGCUAAUGACUCUGGGCCCGUUGAAGUAGAGAUGGACAAUAUUAGUUGCAGCUCGGACGACGAGGAAAACUUCAAUCACGUCUUCAACAACGUGGAAGAUGACGAGGGAUGCUCCAAUGACAAGGAAUGCGCCGACGACGAGGAUUUGGCAGGCAAGUCCAAGAAACACCAUCAAGAAGAUACUACUCGUGAAAAGGCAUCAAAACCCGCGCUUAAACCUCAAGAUUCUCGCACAAAGACCGGUCGGCGAAAAGAGCGUCACGUCUCCCCUUCAUCAACUCCCAAAUCCAAGCCUCCUCCACGAUCGAUUAUGAAGACCCCUGGAUCUGUAACGCGUAAGGAACGCAAGCUUAAGUUUGUCGAGAGCGAUCAAUCCGAUGAAGAGGACAGAGUCUUAAAUUCAAAAGUGACUGCAAAGGCCAACAAGGGUGUCAAGAAUAAAGGCAAAGAGCCGCUUCGUUCUAACUCUGAAAUACAGAAUAUGAAUACUGCCUUUCCUGCAAUUGGUUUGACCGCCUUGCCCAGUCCUGUGCAAGAAGAAGCUUCCACUCUCAAGUUCCACUGGUCAACUGCAAAGUCCAAAGCAGGACGAAAACCCGGUUCUUCCAAGCCUGAAGCUCACAAUGAAGUUGAAAAAGAGAAUCGAGCUCCGGUCCCAGAGCCUCUCAAGGCCUCCACACAGUCUGACCCCAACGCUUCAAAAGAGCGUACGUCUAAAGAGAGCAAAGUAGUCAAAUCUUUGCAAUCUAUACAUGAGAUUAAGCGUAUGAAACGCUCGGCUGAAGCAGCUAGUCUUGAGGCUGAGGAACUAGCCAAAAAGAAAGCAAAGAAAAAUGACGGUAAUAACGAGGUAUCACAAUCAACGACUAUUCCGCCCAGCGAAGACGCUACUUCUGAGGAGAACACGACAUCCCAGGCCAAGGCUACAUCCCAGGAGAACGCUACGUCGAAGGCUACGUCCCAGCCAAAGGCUACGUCCCAGGAGAAGGCUACGUCCCAGCCGAAGGCUACGUUCCAGAAGAAUGAGAUCGUAUUGGAUGGCUCGGAUUACCUUUCUAUCAAAUCAUGCCCUCAUCAAGGUUGUUCUAAAUCCGACGACCCCCAUCACACAAUCCCGCCUGAAGAUGAGAUAGAUAUUUCUUUGAAAAUGAUAAUGAAAGAGUAUGCCGUUGCGCGUGCCCAGUUUCGCCUUGCCAACAAUCGCAACCGUCUCAAAGCAGCCCAGAAUAUGUCCUUCAAAAGCCAGCUCCUCUGCAGCCACCUUUAUUUCAGAUCCAAAGAGAGACUGACAAGUUCGCUGGAUGCUGCACGCAGCAAUGGUUGGCCGGUGGCCGAGAUUGAUUAUGACCAGGUAGCCGACCGUAUCGCUGAGCUUCACGUAAAGCACAAUUUCCCUAUGAUAUUCGAAGGCUCCGGCACGGAUUGUGCAAGAUUCGAAACAUCUCUGCCAUGGCGAAGAUUUGUGGGCUUAAUGCUUCUUAAAUGCAAAACCCCAAAAUUAUCAUUCCUAAAUCAACUAGACAAGAGAGCGCCGUAUUGUUAUAAUGUGGCAUCUGCAGGAUACUAUGGUCCUAUUGUGCGUAGUCUGAUUGCAAGCUAUUGGACUCAGCUUGUUGUAGACGGCGAUUUAAACUAUGUUACGGAGUUGCUCGUCCACAGUACGUUUGACAUAGGUUUGUACAGACUCAAAUCUCCGGUGGAACAGAUCUCUGGACAAGAGGACGCUUUGGCAGCAUAUUCGUCAGAGGAUGCAUAUAGAUUUUGGGAUGAAUUCACAAAUUUAUCAGAAUCUGUGCGUAAAAGUCGGGCGUUCAACGCUGAAUCAUUUUUCGACAUGGUUAUGGUCCCCCACGUCGUCAACCUGCUUAUUAUGGAAGAUAUGAACUGUGCCUACGACGACGCCGACAAAAUUCGGAGGGAAAGUGCAUCAUUUGGGAAGUUGCAUCAUGGUCAUCUUGACGAUAAUGAUGAGAUGAAUUCCGUGGAUAACUUUCUACAUCAAGCCCCAAUAGAGCAAGUACAACCAAGGUGCCAUACUCCUCAGCCAUCAUGCCCUAUUCCUCAAACUCCGCUCCGAGCAGCGGGGGGCAGUAAUUCAUUACAAGCCAUGCAGGCGCAGGCGGAAAAUCAGCUUACAUCAAAACCCCCACGCCUCCAGCGAAAAACUCCCUGCAAGCCAGCAUUCAAUUCUGCAUAUUUGUAUGGCGAGCUUUCUACUAUUACUGAAAUCUCAACGGAUGACGAGAAUCUCCCCUCAAAAAGCAAUAACACCCCGAACAAAAACUCAUCAACAACGGUCAAUAAUGAAACUCAAACUGAUCCUGCAAACCCUUCUAUGGAACCCAGCGCCAGUCCAAAUGCCCGCAAUGGAGGUGUUUUGGCUGACAAUUUGUCAAAACCGGUUGACGAGAAGGCUGGAAAAAAACGUAAGAGACGGGCUGCGGAUCCUAACGAGGGCGAAAAGGAGAACUUGGUCUAUACGUCGGAAGCAUACCGCUUGAAGAAGGACGAAAGGGCUGAAUACGCCGCCGCUACUGUAUGCACUGAUGUCGGUGGCAGUCUUUCUUAUUAG